GGCAGUUGGCUUCCUGGUGGCCUGGGCGCCAUGGCGCUCCCCUGGUUGCAGCGAGUUGAGCUCGUGCUCUUCGGUGUCGCCUUCCUGUGUGGGGCUGUGGCCGCCGCGGCGCUGACCCGGACCCAGGGCUCCUUCGGUGGUAGCUGCCCCUUGUAUGGUGUGGCUGCCCUCAAUGGCUCCUCUCUGGCCUUGUCACGUCCCUCAGCCCCUUCCCUCUGCUACUUUGUGGCUGGGGCUUCAGGCCUGCUGGCGCUCUACUGUCUUCUGCUUCUCUUCUUCUGGGUCUACAGCAGCUGCAUCGAGGAUUCCCACAGAGGCUUUAUAGGGCUCCGAAUUGCUUUGGCCAUCUCAGCUAUAGCCAUCUUCCUGGUUUUAGUGUCUGCCUGUAUACUUCGAUUUGGCACCAAUUAUUUCUGCAAUUCCAUCAUCUCCUUGAACCGUACAAUUAGCUGCUCUGAAGCCCAGAAAUUCUCGUGGACACCUCCUGGAACUGCUGUGCAGUUUUAUACCAACUUACACAACGCUGAAACCUCCUCUUGGGUGAAUCUGAUACUGUGGGGUGUGGUCUUGAUGCUCCAGGUCAUUCAGUGCACGUUUCCAGCCACCCCAUACCAGUCGCAGAAGAGGGGUGACCCAGAGUGGAGCUCUGAGACGGAUGCCCUUGUUGCACACCGCCAGUGUCACUCCUAAAGGAUACUCAGAGUGCUUUCUACAUCCAGAAUCUCUAUA